UAGAAAGAGAACUUCUUUAACAGAAAAAGUCCAGUUUUAUUGAUCUUAUCACAUGGAGCGCCGAGCGAAAUUCCUACUCAGGGCGUCAUCGUGAAAGUUGUAGGCCUUGAUUGACAUCAAAGGGUUAGUUUAUUUGGCCAGCUCACUGUCGGUACAUGUACUGAUAUCAUCGAGUUCGGGGACUUGUGACGGAUGCCAUGAAACGCAACCCUGGCUUGAGCUCCAAACUGCCACAGAACAAAGCACUCGUGGUUAUGUGGGUGGAUAUGCAGGUGGGCAGGAAGUGAUUGGGGGUAGAUUUCAUGAGUUGCGAAGGAUUGAAGUCGAUUUGGUGAGGAAUCUGGUGCAAACCCCAGCGUUGUAAACACCGAGGGUGCGGUUGGAGGGAGGGAAAUUGGCUAUGGAGAUGAACGAGGGAGUCUGGAGCAGAAUGCCCUCUGAGCUCAUCGAGCGCGUGCUGUCUUUGCUCCCGGUGCCCGUGUUAUGCAGAUUCCGAUCCGUGUGCAAGACAUGGAGGCAGCUGUUUCGCACGCCGAGCUUCCUCGACCUCUGCGACCGCAACGGAACCCCUAAAGAGUACUUGUUUCUCGCGCGCUGCUUGAGUGACCCUGAUGACGGCCUGGUCUGCUCCAUCGAUGAGGCGAUGACGUUCCUCGACAUCGAAGCCGGAAGGUGGUACUGGAUCAAAUCCGAACACUGGCGUCACUACUCCUUCGCGCUUCCUCACGAAUCCUCCGAAACUAGACUGUUAGCCAUGGACGAAAGCCUCGUCUGCGAGUUCACCGCGCUACCAGACGAUCCGAACAAAGGGUACGCCAUUUUCAUAUCCGACCCCAUCGCUAAGACAGCAGCCGUGGAGCUUCCACCCGUGCCGUCCUACCGCUACAGUCGCGAAACCAGCGGCCUGCCCACUUCCAUGACCAUAGAUGUAGAUAAGGUCGCUUACACCUUCAAGGUAUUCCUCAAUUGCGACCUGAGAUGGUACGUUUACGAGUCCUCGAUAGGUGUGUGGCGCGAUCUGGGAACGAUUCCGGACUUCCAGCACGCGGAGGUGAAGAAAUCAUCCACACCCACCAUUUUCCACGGGAUUCUUUACACCAUUGCGUGGCUACCUUCUGCUUCGAAAUUUGUCGUGUUUAGUUACAACCUCCAGACAGAUGAAUGGAGGGCAUUGCCUGGUCUGAGGAUUCCUAGUCACUACUACGAUCCACAGCUUCUUGUGGUGGGUAACCGGUUAUUUGCUGUGUCGUGUGUCAGUUCGAAUGUGCCAAAUUCGGAGUUUGAGGUGAUGGAGGUUCUGGUCGGUAAGAAUGAAGCCAGGGUGGUGGUCCACAUUCCCAAUGCGCGCUUGCUAGAGUAUUUCGAUGAGGGACUGCCGUUCUGCGUAUUUGGGUUUCCAGUCGUAGAUUCCCAGGGUGUUUGCAAGGCGAUAGUACUGAAGUCCGACUUGUCGGGGAAGCUGGUGAUGUAUGAGAUGGCGUGCGGGGAGGUGGAGGUCUUGCCGGCGCACCCGAUGGGUCCAGCUCCCGUACCCUGCUGCUGGAAGGAGCUGGGUGGAUUGCACUAUCCAAUCUCUUGGGUUCCUUUCACUUGUUACGGUGUUGGCUACGGUAACUUAAGCAUGCGGAACUACUUGUCACCACCAGCCCCCGUCACAUGAUUUUCUGGUUAGCAGAUACAUUCGGAUGUGAAGGAAGUUGCUAAAUUUGCACGAGAUAUGGCUGUUGGGAUGGAGAUCUCUAGGACUGAAGCUUUCCUACAUUCCGGCACCCAGAUUCUGAUUGCUUUGUCAUUUUGAGGUUUAGUGUCGUUCAGGAGCUUAGCCCUAAAACAUCACCACCUCAGGAAGUUAAGGGUGAAGACUUGUACAAUGGUAGGUCGCAAAACAGCCAGCUUCUGCAGCUGCCUGUUUCUGUCACUAUGUCAUCAAUGGUGGACAAGAGAGGCCUUGAUUGGUAUCAACGUCUUGUCAGCAUUCUAGAGUUUGUUGCAGACACUCAUAAUUGCACAGGAGAGAACGAUUUGGUCUUCAA